AUGCGAUCCGGAUAGAAACGAUGAAGAAACGCGGCAACCAUGAGGCCAAAGCUGGCAAGGGACGACAGAACGAAACGAGCAACGCGGACGACAAGAAGAAUGAAGAGAAGGAUGACGUGCGUUUGAACGACCUGGAAAACCAAGGGUUCAGCGAGUGGCUCCGAUCUAGCAACGGCCUCGAAAUGAUGCGGCUGUUCGUCAUCGCCAAUUCGAUUCUGAUCUUCGUCACGAUGGGAUUCCCGAAAAUGCAGGAGGCUUACGGUGUCCUCAAGGACUACUAUUUCGGAGAAACGGAG